CCAGACUGAGAUUAAGUAACAUUUUUUUUAGACCGGCGAAAUUUUGUUGUUGUCUGUGUUCCAUCUGCGAAUAUUGUUCGGAUUUUGGUGGGUUUUUUUGAGAAACAGUUGGCAAGAUGUACACGGUUUGUCGAACAUCACAGAUGGCGAUCAGUCUGGGAGCUGCACAGAUUGCUUCUCGAGGAAUUCAGACAUGUUGCCGCAGCUUGAGCUGUCUGACCACCCUAGCUGGCAACCAGCAACAAACAACAUCAGGGCCACAUGCAGAUUUGACAUACUCCAGAUGGGCGUACCUACGGAGAGGAACACAGAGACACAUCGGCACAAGUCCACAAAGUCUGGCUCUAGUCCGACGGAGCGCAGUAGCACUUCCCGACAGGAAACCAGGGCCUUUCAAACGUUUGAUGGAACAAGCCGGCAUCCCAGUGCAGAUGCGCUACAACAGAUUUAAAAUAAGAGUUGCUGGCCUGAACCUCUACACAUCGUGCGUUGACAAUGUCGACUGCCAGCAAUUUUUCAGAGCGUGUGGAAUGCCAGACACUUUCUUCUCAUGGUUUCUAGUCACAGAGCUUCACGUAUGGAUGUGUUUGGUGCGUUUGAAGCAAGAAGGGCAGGAAGGCAAAUACAUGGUGCACUACCUGAUCAUGUCCAUGUGGCAUGAUAUACAAGAGAGAGGGCGAGUCAUGGGGAUUCCUUCAAUCAAGAUGAAGGAGAGUUUGAAAAAAAUGGUUGAACAGUUCAACGCGGCUCUGUUUGGAUAUGACGAGGGUCUGCUAUCCAAUGACAGCGUUCUGGCUGCUGCCCUCUGGAGGAAUCUCUUCGUCAGGCGCGACAUAGAGCCGGCGCAGUUGGCAGACAUGGUGGAGUACGUCAGGCAACAGGUACAGUAUUUGGAAACGCUAGACACUGCCCAGCUACUCCAAGUCGGACGAAUCAAAUGGCUCCCGUUUAAAGGGAUCGUACCGGACAAAACAACCCCGCUUCCAAAAGCUAGCAGCCUAGAUGAAGAACUUGUGUUCCCCGAAGUCGACAAAAUCGGCUCUUAGUAGGAAAUGAGUUUUCCACUGAAAAGGUCAGGAUUUUUUUAAGCAUGUGAUGAAAUUAUUGUCAAGAUGGUGUUUUUUUCACACCAGUAUUGCUUUGGAUUUUAAGGUUUUUGAAGGUUCAAGAGUUGACGUGGGUUCAUACUUUGUGAGAAAAAUAUCGACGUGGAUUGUUGUAUGAGGUGACUGCCGAUUUAUAGUCUGCAUGACAGCGAAUUUGUGGCAGUACUACAGAUAUUUGAACAGCGAUUUCGCAAAAGGGGAAUACAUUUAAACCCUGUUUAUCCCAACUAAUGUUGUAUGAUGUCAAAUUCACCCUUUUCGUGAGUUAAAAACCAACCCUAAUGCAGAAUGAUGAAAAUAGUCAGGUUCCUGCUUAGCCAGUGCCACACAUUAUAGCAAUGGCAAUCAUGGCUUCAAGAAACAAGAUCAAGAUGGCUGCUGGUUUAUCCAGAGGGAGGGGCUGCAGGUCUAGCUGGGGUGGGGCUAGUUGGGGGUCUGACCUGGCUGUGUGCCAAUCAAAACCAUGCUUUUCUAUAAUUGAAAACAAGUGAUCACCUGAUGUGUCAUGUGACAUGGAGCUUGGUCACCGUCAGAGAUGCUAUUUGAUUUUCAGUUGAAAUCAAGCCAUCUUUGGGUUCAUGUUCCAAUGUACAUCUUUCGAGUUCAAUAAAAAAAAAAAUGAUAGUUAAUUCCUGAUCCUCGUUGAGCAAUUCAAGUGGAAAUAUUACUCAAGUUCUCACGACCCAAGCUGUGUUUCGUCAAUGAUAAAUACCUCAUCGUCGUCACUGUAAUUUUUAAUCAUCCUAUCUUGCGUCGACACGUUGCUGAUUACCCAAAAGCUGCAUUGAUGUAUCGUUGACCGUAAUUAGUGCAAAACACAAAAGGAUCAUUCAGUUGACAUCUCAUUAAUAUUCACAAUCACAUUAAAUAUGCGAGUCGGGCCAAGUUGUUCGUACUGAUGCGAGAGGGGCUCAUAAUGUAUUUCAGAUAAUGUUAACUUUUUUUCUUUCAAAGGCACAUUAAAUUUUUAAGGCACUUUUCCCAGACAUACAUACAUAAGGUGCACAUCGUUUCAGUUUUUAGCUCCACGAAGUGUGACCGAACAAAUAAAAUAUUUAUCGAUAAUUGUGCGAGCAAGUCGUUUUGGUGCAUGAGUUCCCUGACCUAAAAAUGAGAGUGCUAAAUUGUCAUUUUCAAGAACAUAUUAAUGGGUUCAUUGAUGAUUGAGUUGAUAAGAAA